CCCCUCCUUGGAGCCAGGUAUCCCCCCUCCCCUCAGUGAGAGAGUGAGCGAGUGAGCGAAAGGCCCAGCCACCGCCCCUCCUCGUCCACCCCUCGGCGAAGCGAUCCCUCCCCUCUGGCCUGUCACUUUGUCAGCAGCAUAGCCACAGCACCAGCCCCACUUUCACCAUGUCCGGGUUAACCCCCGUCAUCGCCACCCUGCCGGAGCUGUUCGCCAGCAUCUCGCAGAGUGCCGCCGACAACAUCUCCGCCGCCGGCUCGCCCAAGUACCAGCUUUACAUCACCCCCCAGGGGCAGCUUGGCUGGACCGACCCGUCGGUUGACCUGGCCGUCGAGCUGGGCCAGGUCCUCGGCAAGACCAUCCUCGGGUCCAUCGGUUUCUUUACCCUCAUUCUGUCCUUCGUCUCCUUCGUGUACAUCUGGUUCAACCGGAACUGGCUUCCCUUCAAGGCACGCCAGCCGGCCGUCGUCGGCGGCAUGAUCAUCGGCGGUAUCAACUUCUUUGUUGGCGUUUGCACUGUCUACAAGUUCAUCCCCUGCUUCUGGCCCUGGUGGUGCAUUUUCUACUACUGGCUCAUGGUCCCCUUCGGCCUGGGGCUGUUCCUGGCCAUGUUCUUCUUCCGCAUGUGGCGCCUGUUCCUCAUUUUCAAGAAGAUCAAGAUGACCUUCUGGACCCUCUACGGCGUGACCUUCCUCUUCUACCUGCCCCACCUGAUUGAUGCCAUCAUCCUCACCUCCAUGAACAUGAUUCGCCUGUUCCCGGUGGCCGGCUCAAUCAAGACCCUGGUCUGCAUCAAUGUCAAGCCCUUCCAUGUGUGGAUCAACUUGACCGUGUUCAUUUGGAGCUUCCUCGGCCUGGCCGGGCUGAUGUUCAUCAAUCGCAAGCUCCCGCCCAAGCACUUCAACGAGUACCGGCGCACGCUCUUCCAGCUGAGCAUCUUCGCCGUGCUCUUCGCCUCCUACAUUGCCAUCUCCUCGCACCGGUAUCACACCAUGCCCGGGGGCUACUGGGGCAUUGUCCUCCCCUGGGCCUCGGUGAUGAUUUUCUACUGGCCGAUUGUCGGCAUCCCGCUCUACCACCACAUCUUCAACCGCGAGGAGUACCUCGUUCGCUUUGCCGCGCACUUCGAGUUCGCCUUCGACUCGUCCAGUGGCGGUCGCGGCUCGACCGGCGCGUCGCGCUCUUCUCGCAAGCAGGACCGCAAGAACCGCGCCAAUGGCAAGGACCGCGACCUGGAGAAGUCCAUCUCCAUGCACGAGAUUACCCCCUCGUACGCCACCUACAGCACGACCACCGAAUACGAGCUGGAGUCCAUGGCCGAGAAUGAAUCCGAGGCCACCUCUCCGAACAUGAGCAUGUCCCACUUGCCGGGUGCCGUGGCCACCGGCUCCAUCUCCUCGGCCAUGCCCUCCCCCUGCCUGACGGCCAUGUCGCCCGUGGACAGCACCUACCAGAUGGCAGGGCGUGCUUCUAUCGGGGCCCAGAGCAUCGCCUCGCUGGCCGGCUCCGAUGUCCAGUCUCUCUCGGCCGCCGACCAGCAGCCGCAUGCCGCCCCGACCACCGUUCCCCCAGCUGCCACCACCGUGGUGGUCUCCGAGCCGCCGAUGGUGGUCACCACCACCCCUGAGGUGACGGCGGCGGCCGCGGCCGCGGCACCCUCCUCGCCACGCUCCGUGGCCAGCCCCUCCGGGGCCGGGGACAGCGAUGCUGCUGCUCCCCCCUCCGGGGCCGAGCCCUUGGACCUGUCGUCUGACAACGACAGCGACGACAGCGGCCAGGAGAAUGUCAUCUAGGCGUGGUGUGGCCCAAUGGCGGCAACGCGCGCUUAGAGGGUCACGCUCAAGAGAGGGGGCUCCCACACGGCACUCAUGCCCACAUGGAGAAGCAUAAGAGCUGGCGCCUUGCCCGGGCGCCGCGCUCACUUGCGCCCUUCUCUUCCCCCCCCCCCUCUCUCUCCGUCUCUCUUUCUCCCUCCAAACACAUCUGCCGUCCUCCUGUCUACUUUUCUGUCUCUCCCUCGCUCGCUCGCGCUCUCUCUCUCUCUCCCUCUCUCGCAGAGCCAUCCUAGUCCGGUCUCUGCGGCUGGGAGGAGGUGGGCGAACAGAAAUCGUCAGCACCAUGCAGCCCUCCGUGCCCUCGCCCUUCUUCGGCCUUUGCGCCGCGAAGAGGCAGAGACCGCAGCAAUCAUGGCGACACACAGGCACCAGGGGGAGCUGCCUUCACUUUCCUCUCCCCUGCGCGUCGUGCGCCGCCCCCCCCCCCUCUCCGGGUGGCUACCUGGUGGUCGCCCCGCCACUCCCCGUGUAUCGUGCCCUUCUCCGCUGGCGAUGUGCCGCUGCGAGAGGGAUCGGCAUGUGUCGGGGAGCAUCCCUCAGGGCAAGGAGGAAACACACCUCCAGGGGAAGGGGCGGGAAGCCCUGAAGAGGGGGUAUUCUCCUGCUUCCCCUCUUGCUCCCCUGCUCGUGUGGCGUUUCCCAAAAACAGAGCCACUUGGAGGGAUUGCUGUGCUGCUGGCCAGAAAAAAAAUCAGAUAACAAUACAAACAUACGAACUCGCAAAA